AUGCAAUCAAAUGGUAAAGGAGAUCGAGAAGUCACUUGCCCAGAAGCAGUAGCCGAGUACAACAAGUACAUGGGUGGAGUAGAUCGCUUUGAUCAACACAUGGCUAGCUACAAUAUAGCACAAAAGUCUACACGCUGGUGGAUGAAGCUUUUUUAUUUCUUUUUUGAGUCAGCCACUGUCAAUAGUUUCAUAUUGUACAGUAAAGAUCGUAAGGACGCUGCAUCAAAACCACUGUCGCAUUUGACUUUUAGGUCAAAGUUGGUCAAUCAGUUGACAGGCACUUUUACAUCAAGAAAAAAAGUUGGCAACACUUCCGGAAAGUCUAGAGCCAGGAAACGAAACAGUCCGUUUAGAAAACCAACUGUGGAAAACAGUCUACGCCUUACUAAUGUUGAAGAUCACCUUGCACAAAAGAUAGACACAUACAGAAGAUGUGCACACUGCUCCACCAAAGCCAAAGAAAAGCGUAACAAUAUGAUUUGUAGUGGCUGUCACACUAUGAAAGGGCUGCUUUUCCUUAUUCCACAAGACCAUGUUACCUUUGAUCAUUUUGCAACAACAUACGUGUAA